CUAUAUUUUCUAAGAUAAUUAUACGUGUCAUGAUUAUGUAGUUUACAUUUAGACAAAUGGAUAAUACAAAUACUAUAUAUAUGAGAUUCACUAAAUGCAUAUCCUACUCAGAAUUUUUGUUUAUGAAGAUCUAAUCAUCAAAUUAGAAGCAUAAUGGAUGAGAAGUUGAAAGAACACAAAGAUAUGACAAUUAUUAAACAAAUGGCUAUAGACUACUACUCCAAGCUCUACAACAACUCCAAAGAUGUAGAUAUGGAGCCUGUUCUACAUUACUUGGACAAACCUAUCAGCCACCAGGACAAUAUCAAUAUCAGCAAGGUACCAAACGAAGAGGAAAUCAAAGAAGCUGUAUGGAGUUUGAACCCCAACAGUGCUCCUGGACCUGAUGGGUUUAAUGGCUCCUUCUUCAGGGCUUGCUGGCAUAUAAUCAAAGAUGAUGUAGUAAGUGCAGCACAGGAGUUUUUUGUUGGAGUUCCAGUCCCCAAGAGUUAUGGAAGCACUUUCAUCACUUUAAUCCCUAAAAAUGACAGUCCUAAAAGGUUUGGGGACUACAGACCUAUAUCAUUAUCUACAUUCAUGAGUAAGAUUAAUACUAGAAUCCUUGCAGACAGGCUUCAGAUGAUUUUACCCAAGAUUAUUUCAAAAGAGCAAACUGGCUUUCAAAAAGGUAUGGGGGUAGAUGAGCAGAUACUCCUAGUUGAAGAAAUGGUUCACAAAAUUGAUGCUAAGAUCAGAGGGGGAAAUGUCAUCAUAAAGCUUGAUAUGGCUAAGGCUUUUGAUAAUAUGGAAUGGCAUUACAUUCUAGGCGUGUUGGAUAAACUAGGUUUCAGUGAUCACAAUCAAAAACUUCUCUUAGCCAAUUUGAGAAGCACAUUCAUCUCUGUUAUGGUCAAUGGGAGUCCUCAGGGUUUUUUCACUAUGAAAAGGGGGGUGAAACAGGGGGAUCCUCUAUCUCCAUUGCUUUUCAUUAUAGCAGGGGAAGGACUUUCCAGGAUGCUUAAACAAAAUAUGGCCUCAUCCAAGAUUGUCAACUACAAUACAGGGAGGGACUAUCUUAUAAGUCACUUGGCUUAUGCAGAUGACAUCAUAAGUUUUUGCAAUGGUGAUACAAGGAAUCUGCUGAAGGUCAAUACUCUUCUAAAGAGUUAUAUGAAUGCAUCAGACUCACCAGCCAGGAAAAGAAUAUGCAGAAUUCACAUGAUAAGUGGGGAAUCUAUGGGAGAUAUGCUACCAGAGGAUGAUGAGGUGGUGAAGAUUAAGUUAAAGCAUGCUUAUGAAAGCUGUAGACCGCAUAAUAACAUGGCAAUUUCUGACAAGUUCUGUUGGAAUAACUUGCAAAUCCCAAGAGUCAAAUUGUUUCUAUGGAAGCUGAAUGAUGACAUAUUACCUUUCCCUGAUGUUCUCUCUAGAAUGAGCUAUAGCCUGCCCUCUCAGUGCCCCUUUUGCAAAAAGAAUGAAGCCACAGUAGACCACUGCAUUCUUCAAUGUGGUAAGAUCAGAUAUAUUUGGGAUGAAAUAGCAGAUAUAAUAGAGGGACCUAGAAUCAGGCCUGCUACAACCAUCAAGCAACACAUUUUAAAAUGGCACCUCAGAUCAGAAACCCAUACACUUCGUGGGAACAUGAAAUUGGUGAUGCCAGGAGUUAUUGCUUGGUGUAUUUGGAAGCAAUAUUCUGCAAUUUCAUUCGGUAACGAAGAUCUGAAUACCAACAAUAUAAUCUAUAACAUUAAGAGCAACAUGAAUUUGUGGAAUUGGAAAUACCGUAACAAGGGAUGGAUGAUCAGAGAUGAGAGCCUGGUUAAUUCGGGAAUUCAGAUAUUUGCGCUUGGGGGGAAAUCAAUUGCAACAACACUCACAUGAUGUUGUGAGUAAAGGUUGUGCAUUCAUCCGUUUAUACCCUUCGUCCACCACGCGCUUCCUCCUUUCCAUGUUUAAUUAGGAUUUUGUUUACAUAUUUAGAAUAUUAUUUACACAAAUUAAUAAUUAUUUAUUCCGUAUUUUUAGGAACGCACUUCAUCGUCAUCUUCUAACUAAUAACCAUAUUUUAUGGCUCAUGGAAUACAGAUGGUUCAAUUGCAGGUUAUUAAACUUGCUUGUACAUUUGAGUUUCUUAUCUUUGACAAGGAUGGUAGAUCAUUUGUGGUCAUAGAACGUGCACUUAUUAACGUGUAAUAUGCCGACCUUCAUCAUGUUUUGAACGACCACCUGGGAGGCUAAAGAAGCGUAGGAUUCUAUCAAAGGGUAAACAUGCUAAUCGUCAAUAUGCUCACGAAUUAUGCUCACAGUGCAAAUCGGCUAGACAUAAUAGAAAAACAUGUAUGAAUUCGAUUCCUUUGAAUCGUCGUUGAUCUUGUCUUGUCCCCAUUCCCUUACCCACCAUUUAAUUCUCCCAAUUUUUAGACAUUUUUUUUGAAUCAUCAUUCCAUAAAAUUACAAUCUAUUU